GCUUUAACUUCUGUUUUUGGCUCUAAAACAGACACAGCACAAACCCAAGAUACUGGGUUAAAAAGAAAAUGCAAAUACCACAACCACCGUUAUCACCACUCCCAACGACCGCCACCAUCACCUCCUCCACAACCACCACAAAAGACGGCACGAAAACCACACUCUCCAUCAUUCUAGCCACCGCCCUUUUCUCACUCCUCUUCAUAUUGUCUCUUUCUCCUUCCUCUACCUCCUUACACACCACAACCCACGACCGCCCCGACCCUUACCUCUUCCCCAACCGACAACCUACUUUCAACAAGAUUCCCUCGGAUCCAGCCCCACCUUCCAUCGCCUACUUGAUUUCCGGAUCGAAGGGUGACUCGGGUCGGAUACUUAGACUUCUCUACGCCACUUACCACCCCAAAAACCAGUAUAUCCUCCACAUAGAUCGCUUUGCUGCGCAGGCUGAGCGCGACCGAUUAGCCGUCACAGUCCAAUCGGUGCCUAUCUUUAGAGCUGCACUGAAUGUGAAUGUGAUAGGGAAAGCUGAUUUCGCGUACCCGAAAGGAUCGUCUACGAUUUCAGAGACUCUACAUGGUGCUGCUAUAUUGAUGAGGUUGUCAAAGAAUUGGGACUGGUUCAUUAGUCUUAGUGCUCGUGAUUACCCACUUGUUACACAAGAUGAUCUGCUUCACAUUUUGUCCUAUUUGCCAAGGGAUUUCAACUUUGUGAAUCACACAAGUUACAUUGGUUGGAGGGAGUCUAAACAAUUGAAGCCUAUAAUUGUUGAUCCGGGGCUUUAUCUUUCUGAGAGAACUGAGAUGUUUUAUGCUACUCAAAAGCGAGACUUACCUAAUGCUUUCAGGAUAUUUACAGGUUCUUCUUUUUCCAUUUUAAGUCGUAAUUUUAUAGAGCACUGCAUCUUGGGUACAGACAACCUUCCUAGGAUCCUACUGAUGUAUUUUUCAAAUACGCCUUCAUCCCUAAUCAACUACUUCCCUACCGUCCUAUGUAAUUCUCAUCAGUUCAACAGGACUGUCAUAAACGAUAACUUACAAUAUGUAGCCUUUGAGAAGCCCUCCAAACAGGUGCCUCGCAUACUGAAUUCUAGUGAGUUUGAUGCCAUGAUUCAGAGUGGAGCUGCCUUUGCCAGUCAGUUUCAAUUCAAUGAUCCGGUGCUUGAUCGCAUUGAUCAAGAAAUUUUGGGACGAAGUCCAGGACAAGUUGUACCUGGUGGCUGGUGCUUGGGAGAAGCUGGGAAUGAAACUUGUUCAGUUUGGGGUGAUGCUGAUGUUUUGAGGCCUGGUCCAGGAGCAGCGAGGCUUGAGAAACGAAUUGUUGAAUUGCUAUCAAAGGGUUCAUUUCGGUCUCACCAAUGUAUGUUUGAAUGAUCUGGUUUUCUCAAUCUCAAAAGAAGAUCACACUGACAGAAGAGGGUGGAUGGCAGACAGACCAGCUUCUGCCGCUCGAAAAAUUUUUGUAAAAAGUUACUUCAAUCUGAUAUUAUUUUAGCAACAGUAAAUUUGUAUCUCAUUGGAGUUGACUGUUGAGAUUUUUGUAAAGUGAAAUUAUAAAUCACGUGCUAUCAGUGUUCCUUUGCAAAA